AUGGCAGGCAUCUUGCUUUUACUCCUCGUACCACUACUGGUCUUUCUAUAUAUCCGGACAAAUGACCGCAAGCUCUCGAGCUUGCCGGCAGAGGUUAUUGCGACCUCUCCGAAACGGUGGACGAAGGAGGAAGUCAAACAGACAGAGGCUGCGUUGGUCGGCGCACCACCAUCGCUGCUGAGCGGACAGCUCCUACCAAAGACCGGUAGGAGAUACAUCGUGGUGGGCGGGGCAGGAUUCUUGGGCGGCUGGAUCGUGGUGCACUUGCUCGCUCGAGGCGAGGAUCCUCGCCGAAUUCGCGUGCUGGACAUCCGGGCGCCCGUCCGCAAGGACCUCACCGAAGGCGCUGCGAAGGACGUUGACUUCCUGCGAGUGGACAUGUCGGACGCGCAAGCGGUCGACGCUGCGUUUACCAAGCCAUGGCCAACAGAUUCGCGUGCAUCAGGCGAGCCUGAGCCUGAGCUGACCGUAUUCCACACCGCCGCGAUCAUCCGUUUCUAUGAGCGUCACCCCGACUUGCUGCGGUUCUCGGACAAUAUCAAUGUGAAGGGCACACAGAACAUCCUUGACGCAGCGCGUCGGGUUGGCGCGUCUACGCUCGUGUACACGUCCUCCGGGUCGAUCUCUGUACGGCGCACGCGAUUCUGGCUUUGGCCGUGGGAGAUGCAGCCAGGGUAUUUCGUACAAGCGAUCAACGACGACGACAGUCUUAUUCCAAAGCAGCACGACCAUUUCUUCUCCAACUACGCCGUCUCGAAAUCCCGUGGGGAGCAGCUCGUGCGCGCGGCAGAAAAGUCGCCCUCGGGCAGUGGCGUGCUCCGGACGGGGUGCAUCCGCCCGGGGAACGGGAUUUAUGGCCCAGGUGGCGACAUCCUCAUCGGACUUUACCUCGCCCAGAAGAAGAAUAUGACGUGGAUCGCCAACAUCAUGUCCUCGUUCGUCUUCGUUGAGAACUGCUCGCUCUCUCACCUUUGCUAUGAGCAGCGCCUGAUCGAGCUCCAGCGUGGGUCCGCACACCCGGACAUCGGUGGGCAGGCGUUCUGCGUCGCUGACGCAGGUCCGACAACGACGUACGGCGAGAUCUAUGACGCGCUCACGCUUCUCACCAAGGGCGAGGUGUCAUUCUACCACCUCUCGCCGACGACGAUGCUCGCUCUCGCCCAUGUCGUGGAGGCGUACUACGUUGGACGCCAUUUCCUCAUGCAAUCCCCGUUUGCAUUCCUCGGACGAGUCAUCCCGCCCUUGACCGGCGAUAUCGUGCUGUUGCAGCCCACCCUGUUCGCUCUCACCAACAUUCACCUCCUCUUUGAUGACUCUCGUGCACGCGCACCGCCCGAGAAAGGCGGUCUUGGAUACAAUGGUGGCAUCACGACGUUGCAGGGAGUAUGCAAGGUUUAUUUGGAGCACUUGAACGGCGGGGUGUUGCAGCGCUCUAUCAACGCGCAUUCUGACGUGGACCACGAAUUCAAUCCCGCGAGGGCAGAGAAAGGCGUGGAAGAGAUCGUAAAGAAGGUCGAAAAAAGCGUUGAGAAGGGCGAGAAGCUCCUUUCAAACGGGAUCCACCGUGCUGCCAAUGCACUGAACUCGAAGUGA